AUGAGUGACACUCCACCCAGAAUGGAAGUGUGUCCCUAUUGUAAGAAGUCAUUUAAACGAUUAAAAUCCCACUUGCCGUACUGUAAGAAGAUAGGAACGACUAUACCUGCAGAGCCAGAAGGCUGUCAGGCCAAGCCAGCUGUCCUCUCUCAUGCUAACAAAAGGAAGGGGCCAGCCAAAGAAGUAAUCAAAGCAGAAGAGGCCAAUCUAAAGAGAGAGAGUAAGGAAAGAAAUACUAAGUUGAUAAGAAAGAAGCCAGAAGGGACAAUUAAGCCCCUUCCACUACUAGGUUUGGAAAAAGCAAGUAAUAAAAACACUGAUAAAUACAUCAAGAAUCAAAUUCAGUUUUCCCCCAAAAUACUGAAAAACACUGGACCAAAAAUUACUUUCCAAGGAGAGACUAAGGCUCAGUUGUAUGCAUCAGAGAACACCUCUCCUGAGAGAGAACUUGCCAGCAAUUUGCCUAAAUCAGGGGACAGAAGUAAUCCUGCCAAAACAUUUUCACCAAAUCAAGAGAGAGGAUAUUGCCCAGGCUUACCUAGGAAUGUGCAGACCCCAUCUGCUCAUCUGAAACUGGACAGCAGAGACCUCCCAAGAGAAGAGCUUGUAGUAAAAGCAUUAGAUGUGCCUACUGAUUAUCCUAGUCUUCCUGUGAGACUCAAUGAUGGGGUUAAAACAGUGAGAACAUCACUGUCAAGCAGUGAGAGCAGAGAUCACCUCUCAGAAUUUCCCACUGACGUAAGAAACUCUGAGACUCAGGAAAAGAACCUAGACUCACUCAUUUUAGGCCUUAGAGUUAACCCAUUAGGUAAAAUCCGAGUUGAAGAGAGCAAAGUCAUCAUGUUUGACAUGAAGGAAAAAGAGCUUCACUUUGGAGUAGAGGUAUGUGGGAGCAAAGGAAAUGCAGAGAAAAGUCUGUCUGUGAGCACAAUGCCGGCCUGGACUUCCAGGAGUGAUGGGUCUAAGAACCCCAGUACUGAUGACUCAGCCACAGAGAAGAAAUGUCAAGAUGAAGGUCCAUACUUAAAUCUGUCCACUUUGCAGGGGACACCUCGCAAUGAGUUCCUUUCUGCAUUACAGUCAAGUCAUGAAAGUCUUAGCUCACUGGCUAUAAAAUUUCUUCAAGAGGAGAAAGAAGGCCGUGUUCAGCAUCAAGUCACUGGUAUACAGACAUUAAUGGAGGGUAAGGGCCAGACUUCUCUAGAGCCCAGAGCUUCCCAUCAGUGCCACGCCUUACACACCAGACACCAGAAACCUGUAAAUCUGACCUGGCAUCACACUCCUAAAACUCCCUUCACCAAUCAUGUUGAUGCUGCUGACAAAAGGGCCCUUCCCAGUUCCAUGGGGCUGGAGUGGUUUCCAGAGCUCUAUCCCGGUUACCUUGGACUUGGGGUGUUGCCAGGGAAACCUCAGUACUGGAAUGCAAUGGCCCAGAAGCCUCGAUUCAUCAGUCCCAAGGGAGAAAGACUCUCACAAGUUCUUUGGUUGGAAAGAAGUACAACUGACAGAAGGAUCUGGGAACACCCGACCAGCCUUGCAACCUCCAGCUUCUCCCUACUGAGGCUCUUGGGAGCGCUACAAAAAGGGUGGAGCCGGUGCAGUACCAUCACGAGGAGGGGCCUGGGCGGUGUCACAGUGCUCUUUACGGGAUACUUCGUGCUCUGUUGCAAGUGGAGCUUCGGGCAUCUGAAUGCCUCUAUCCGAACUCUGCCCACAAGACCUCCAUGCCACAUGUUCCUCCUCACAUCCCCGCCGCUACCUCCUAGACAGCCUUAA